AUGACGGAGGAGCAAGACACAAAUGGGCCAAGCUCGUCGCAGCUCCAGCCCACACCCUCAAGCUCUCGCACACCUCUACCAAGGCCACCACCUAUCGCAUUUGCACCUCCUCCAAGAAGGCUUCGACGACCUCAAGCAGCGGCGAGCAUCAGCUUCAGUGCAUCGCCUCUUUCUCGACCGGCGCUCCGCGCUUCCGACUCGUCAUCCAGCCGUCGCAGCUCGAGCGCUUCCUCGGCCUCCUCGAGCGGCGAAGAGGACGAUGUGUUUGACGACCGUCAUGUGGUUCCCGUCUCGUACCCGCGGCGCUACUCGACCCACUAUGGACUUGGUUCGACGGGUACGCAGCCCUCGACACCGACCACGCCCAGGACACCCUUGACGCCGUUCACACCUGGCUUUCGUCGAUCGGGCUCGUUUGCGGACGUCAAGGGCAAGACGAGAGCGCUCAAUCAGGAGCAGACGCAGCAAAGUCAGGCUGGGGCUCAGCAAACCGAGCAAGAAGCGGCUUCGACAACCGACGACCGGAUCGAUUCUCCUGACUCUUCGAGCGGUGAGGAAGGCGAUGUGUUCGAUGACAGGCACGUUCUUCCCGUCUCGUACUCUCGGCGAUACUCGACGCAGCCUCCCACGCCGACAACACCCAUGACGCCCAUAACGCCCAUGAGCCCUGGCUUCCGUCUGUUUGGCUCUAACGGCAGCGGAAAAGGCAAGGCGAGAGCGGAGAGUCAGGCCGUGGUCGAUCAGCAGCAGACGGAGAAAGGUCAGGCUAUGGUCGUCGAGCAGACAUUGCAAGUCCAGUCCAUGGUCGAGCAGGAGCCGAUCCAAGAAAGCGCCCCGCAGGUCGAGGAUUCGCAGAGCAUCAAGACAGCCGCACCGUCAGACUCGGAGAAGAACGAACUCAGUCGAACUUCGUCCAUCGCAUCGAGCAUCCAGUCGAUCUCGGCGAGCGUGGCGGACUAUGUCCGAUCGAGUCUCAGCAGCGUUGCCUCCUCGCGAUCGAGCGACGGCUCGACUUCCACAGACCAGCAACAGGGCCCCUAUACACAGUCCACCUACACACGGGUACGAUUGCGCCGACAGGAAGCAUCAGCGCCAACCCAGGUCGUGGAGGCAGAUCCAUUCGCCGAUCCAUUAAACGCACCAGAGCCAGCGACUGUACCCUCCAGCUCUCCGGACAAAAUCAAGCCCAUCAACGACGCCGACAAGGGCGAUGUCGAAAAGGACCACCUUCGCACCGACAAGCCCGCAUUCGAUGGCUCGCUCUUCCCCGACUAUGCGCCGCUGGUCCAGUCGCGCGUCACCGUCGGUCGAUGGGGCCUCAUCCUCGCGAUCGGCUCGUUCAAUCUGGCCCUUGUGAUUCUCUUCCUCUUCCUCGCCCCUACAGGCGCCUCUCUGGUGGUCAUGGUGGCGCUCAAGGCGCGCGACAUCCUCUCUGUCCUCUGGCAGACGCUGCUCUUCCUCCUCGCCCUCGUCAGCCAACCUUUUCUCACCAAGAAACCCAUGGUCGUCCAUCCACCGCGCAAGAUCGUCUCCCUCGUCCCCGUAUACAAAGAAUCCACCCAGGACGUGCUCGACACGGUCGACUCGAUCAUCAACGACAACCCCGUCCGGACGCAGGACUUCAACAUCAUCGCCAUCCUCGCUGACGGGUUUGAUGUCGAAGACGACGUCAUUGUCACCGACACCAUUGCGCGCGUUGACGACUUUCCCUACUUUUCAUGGAAGAUCCGCGAAUCCGCUUUCCGGUUGCACUUCGGUUACCGUCGAGGGUGUCCGAUCAUGAUCGUUCGCAAGGUCAAGAAUGCCGGCAAGAAGGACUCGCUCAUCUUCGCCUUCGAUCUGUUUAACAGCGAUAACGAGGCGACAGGGCAUUGCAAUAGCGAGGCGAGGGAGAUGGUGCUAGAGCACAUUCGGAGAUUGUACGACCAACCCGAGUUGGAGUGGUUUCACUUUGUGUUCUGUACGGAUGCGGAUACGAAGAUCCUGGCGGGGUCGGUGAACGUGUUGGCGGAUCGAUUGAUGGAUGAGGGACCGGAGACCGUGGGUGCGUGUGGGAUUGUCGAGGCUGACUUCGAAAAGCCUGGACGAUCACUGCGGACGUGCGGGCUGUGGUACUUCUGGGACCACUUCCAGGGCUUUCAGUAUACCUACGGACAAUGGAUUCGUCGGCGAAGCGAGUCUUCCUGGGGUCGAGUCACCUGCAUGCCUGGUGCGAUCACCAUGCUUCGCACCGGCACGAUCCUAGGUCAAGCCAGCGCCGAGUAUCGCAAGCACGUCCAGAACGGCAAUCUGGUCAAGCGUCAAGUGCAAUACCAGGGUACCGAUCGUCGUCUCUGCUGGUCCAUCAUUUCGCGCUCCAAGUCCGUUCGCACCGUCCUCGAGACCCGAGCUGCGUGCUUCACCAUCCCGCCCCAAUCGCUCAGCCACUACCUCUCCCAACGUCGUCGAUGGGGAUCCAACGCCUACUUUAACGCCUUUAUCACCCUUACCGGUCCCAAUCAGCACCUCGUCACUCGAGCUUGGAUGACUCUCGAACUCGCCCGCUCCUCCCUCGUCUUCUUUCGCAUGUACAACUUUGGCCACUUCGUCUACAACCUCGUGACGAAAUUCAGCCUCAUCGGCGUUGCACCGUUGCUGGCCAUCACGUUGUUGCCGCAGAUCUGGUUUUUCUUCUGCGUCGUUCUGCCGACCAAGCGAUACCGGGGGUUGUGGCACCACCUACUCUACGGUGCGGUUCUCAAUCGGGCCUGCAGCGUGGUGCUGACGCCGACGGUGUACGCCAACGUCUUGUUGGGAUUCGGCGAUUUCAGAUGGGGGAAAAGUCAUACGGGUGCAAACGCCGCAACCCAGCAGCCGGCGGGAGACGACAAGGCAGUCGACGCAAUGGAGAAGGGAGAAAGCAGACCAGAGACUCCGCCAAAGGAAUACUCCGAAGUGUGUUAG